AUGGAGAGAAGAGGGAGGGAUAGAUAUGAAUACUCAUAUAGCACUAGCGAAGAAAAUGAUAGAACAAGGUCAAGAAGUAGGUCACACCAUAGAAGGAAUGAGAGGUUAUCAGGUAAUAGACGAGAUCAAGAACGUUUUGAAUUACAAAAUAGAGAAAUUUGUUCUGAUAAGUUAAAUCAGUAUAACUUUGAUAAUGAAAAGAAAGAUGUGAUUAUCUCAAUUAAUGAUGAUGAAGAUGAGAUAUUAAAGAAAAUGGGGUUGGCAAAUGGAUUUUGUUCUACAAAAGGAAAACAUGUAAAAGGAAAUAUUGAAGGGUAUUCAAAAAUUAAAGCAACAAGUAAGAUAUUCAAUUUACUUAUUAAUAAAAGAGGAGUUCAUCAGAAGCCUGUUGAUGUUAAAUUAAAAAAGUAA